CCUAUUAAAGCAACGUAACGGUGAAUUGCUCGACUGUCAAUUUUGAAAUCGAAAGUAGAAAUAUGCAUGUGUGAUCAUUUUAAAAACAACAAAUAUAAACGUUCGCUUUGUAGUCUUCAAGUUACUUUGAAGCCUGUACACCAAUAUAAACUAAUAAAAGUAGUAUGUUUAUACCAAAGGAAGAAUGUGGUCCAUUAUACAGUAAUAAGGCGGAUUGUGACUUGAAAAUACACCUCAGAAUGGCUUUGGCAUCGGAUGUAUGUGGGUUUUGCUUUAAAGAACCCGUAUUUGGAUUCUGUGAAAACUGUAAUAUUUCGCUUGGUGUAAGUUGCUUCUCAAAUCAUACUAAGAUACAUUUAUUUACUAGUCAUAUUGUGUUUCCGUUGGAUAACUCAGACAACGAGACAUGCUUAUCGGUACGCAUAGAAAAAGACAUACAUGAACAAAAAUGCCAAAAGCACGAAACAGACCCUCAGUCGUUUUAUUGUGGAAGGCAUGACGCAACCAUAUGUGGUCGAUGUAUACUGGCUGACCACAUGACUUGUAAAGAUGAAAUCGUUGAUCUACAUAUAACAAAGUUUGAUGAACAAAAGGCGAAUUCCCUUCUGGUCUCUUUAAACGAAAUCGAAGGCGAAAUAAAAGACCUUCAGGUCCGUGUAGACAGAAAUGUUAAACUAAAUGACGAGUGUAGAGCCUCAUCUAUUGACGCAAUUAAAGAUUUUCGAAAGAAGAUUGAUUUAAGGCUUAACCAGUUACAGUUCGAAGCAGAACAAUCCACAGAGAGGAAACACAAAGAAAAUAUGAACAGUCUGGUUGAACUUGCAAAAAUCUGCAAAGACGUUUCUCUUCGAAUUCAAAUGCGUGGAGAAAAAAUCGAGGAAUUAUCAAAGAAAAAACAAGAACGGCAUUUGUUUGUAUAUUCUAAAAAACUGGCCAUUGAAAUUGAUGAAAUAAGAACAGCUAUUAAGCAGUCAAACUUCAAAAACCAUAUUACAAAAUUCACAUUUAAAGAACACCCAACAUUGGAAAAUAUUCUUCAGAAAACAAUUCUUGAAAUUGGAACACUUCAAGAGGCUUGUGAUGGAAGCGAAGAAUUAGUUGACGAUACACAUGCUUCAUUAACGGGGACUCCUGAACAUGCAGAUGAAAGCUGUGCGCGGAAUAUAACACAACCGAAGAAUUUUGCGUCCGGAAAUCAACCUCCUGGAAAAAUGACGGUUGAAGCGCCAUCAGUUCUCGAACGCUUUUUUCGUAUUAAGUACGAGUUUUUAAAUGGACAACAAACGACCUGA